AUUACUAUCGUUGUUUCCAAAUUUUUUUUUUUUUUUUAAACUACAAUUUAUGUUUCCAAACAUUCUAAUUUUGUACUUGAGUUUUAAUAAUAUAGAUUUGGUAAGUAGUAUUUUGUACCCCAACGUUUCAGCCAUUUAUACAUUACCCUUGGGUCAACGAUAUAAGAAACGUAUUAAUUAUACAUAUUUGGUCAAAGAUAUUCUGGUUAAGAAACUGAACUAACCAAUUAUCGAAUCAAACCAUAACCAGAUGAAUUUAGUUAACUGCCGAUAUAACCGAACCUGAUUCAAAAACAAAAGGGUCGACAAGCUAUUUCCCCACCAUAAUUACCAUAUAGCAUCAGAUUCCUACCAAAGUAAUGACCUCGUGCUAUAUCCCUACGAAUUGAAAGUUGCAAACUUAUUUCUCCCCGAAUCGAUAGUUCAAAACUUAAUUACCCAUAGGCGAUGGUUUAAGUCGGUUUUUUGGUUUUAAUCGGUUUAGUCUUAACCAAAUAAUUUAAAAUUAAUUAAACCAAACAAAAAUUCAAUUUUUAUAUAUUUUUGUAAGAAAAAAAAAUUUAACAUCUUCUUCACAAACCUUUCGUCUCUACCAACGCCAUUACAUCUGUAAACUGAGAAUUUCAUAAACUCCAAUUUAUAUCUUCAUACGAUAAGCGGAGCUUCAGCUAACUGAUAUUCCAUAAAUCAUAUUUUCUUGUCUUUGUCCUUUCUAAUUUGAGACACUCUGAAAAUUCUAACUUGAAUUUUAAGAGGUUCUGUUUUUGUGACAUUCUAAAGUUAUGUCUUAAUCGCUUUUGAAUUUUUAUCAAAAAAUCAUCAAACUUAUAUUCUUCUUCCAAAUCAUCAUCAUUUCCUUCUUCAAGGAUAUCUGCCCAAGCUUUUCUUUGAGAGGCCUAAGUGCCCAGAAACCAUGCGUUUUCGAUUAGGCGUAGGAGAAAUUGUCACACUUGGAUUGUGGAGAUGCUCGGAUACAAUGCAUGAAGGGUUAGAGGAAGAGAAACGUUGCACAACGAGCUACAGAGCUUAACAUUUAAGAGGACCAGUGUCAGUGUUGUGAAACCUGUGAAAAAGAUGGUAAAAUAUGUUAUAUAUAUAAUUAAGUUUAUAAAUUUCAGUUGUUCAAAAAAAUAAAUAUAUAUAUAUAUAUAAUUAAAUUUUUGUUUGGUUUAACUUAUUUUAAAAUUAUUUGCUUAAGAUUAAACCGAUUAAAACUAAAAAACUGAUUUAAACCAUCGUCUAUGGAUAAUUAAGUUUUGAACUAUCAAUCUGGGGAGAAAUAAGUUUGAAACUUUCAAUUCGUGGGGAUAUAGCACGGGGUCAUAUGUCCGUGGGGAUCUGGUGCUAUAUAAUAGUUAUCAUGAGGAAAUAGCUAGUGGACCCAAAACAAAAUGUUCAAGUUCUAUGGGCCUUUCUGACAUUAUAUAUAGGCUUGCUUUUGAGUCUUAGAACUACUAUUCCUGCAACCAAACACACCUUUUGUUCGUUAUAAGGCAACCCGUGCGUCUAUAAAUAAAAUAAAGGUAAAGAGAAUAACAGACAAAAAAAUUGUGGAUCGGAGAGCUACGUAGCCUGGGAAUUGUCGUGACCCCACCCCUUGGUCGUUCUUCUCUGAUCUUCGACUUCUUUGUGACAAAAUCAUGUCUCUCUCUCGAUUGGGUUCUCCAAUUCUGUAGCGGGAUAAGAGAAAAAUUCACACUUUCGGAUUCUCUCGUAACCAAUCUAGGGUUUCGCUCUGAGUUUUGGUCUGUGAUCGUGGGAGAGAAUGUCUCGGUGUUACCCGUUCCCACCACCUGGUUAUGUACGAAACGAAACUCGGGAUGAGUCUCUGAUCGGAUCGAUCAAGGGGACAAAGGAGGAAGUUAAGAGAGAUAGAAAACACAAGAAGGACAAAAAGAGGAAGGAGAGAGAUACUGAGGCUGACAACAGUAGCAAGAAGCACCGUCAUGAAAAGAGACGGCGGAAAGAUGAAAGUGCUAAUGCUAGUAAGAAGUUUGAUGAUGGUCGCGGAUUAGUAACAAACAAUGAGCUUGAGUGCUUGGAGAAGAGCUCCCUUACAGUGGAACUUGAGCAACAAACGUCGUCUCAGAAUUCUUGUGAUAGCAGACCGAAUCAUAUUCAGAGUCCACUCCUCCCCGAUGGUAGGCAGUACGGCUCUGGUGAGUUUGUUUGUUUACUUGUUGUUGGGUCUGUUUUGCUUCACGUGAUGAUGAUGACACUCUUUCUUCAAAUUAUUGGAUUUGAAGAAACCAGCAUACGGGUCUUGUUACAUGGCAAAGAGCAUGAACAUCAAGAUGCUGAGGUGAUGCUUACCAACAAGGAUCAUAGCGAGUCCCUUGCUCAUACUUCUGCAAAUGAAGCUCCACUAGACCCUUUAAUUGUCUGCCAAGAGAAGAGAAAGAGAGAAAUCACAACAAAGCUCAGUAAAGAGAAGAACACAGUUCCUCUAGAAUCAGACAGACAAAUCAGUAAGCCACUAGGUAAAGAGACUCGUCAAGAAACUGUUGGAGCUUCGAAGCUAUGCAGAAAAUGCCCUUCUUCCACGGCUGUGCGGUUCUUGGAUCUCAUCGAGAACUGGGCUCCUGAUCUUGUCGAGAGCAAGCUCAUUGACACUGAAGAUCAAGAAUUGUGGCUGGUCAUGAAAGUUGGUGCUAAAAGACAUCAUCAUCAAGUUAACAAUCAGACAACUAGCAAUGGAAGAAGUUCGAUGGUGUGGCCAACUGCUCGGUUUCUUCCAGAAGCCGAACUACACGCAUUGCCAUUCACUGUUCCGUUCUGAUUUUCUCAAAGCUUUGGUUCAGAGAGGAGUUGACGUGACCAGCAAAUUGUUCCCCUAUAUGUAUUUUUAGAUAGCAUUAAAACUUGGAGAUAUAUGUGUGAUUCUUUGUAGAUGCACAGUUAUAUAUAGUCGACAAAAAACAGUUAUAUAAAAUAGUAGAUCAUUUUCAUCAUUA